UCGGGCGGAAGUGAAGCCUAGAAAGGGGCCGGAGGUGUGGUAGCCGCUACCACAACAACCGAGUGUCCAAAAGGGGCUCCUGGGACAGUGGGAACCGGACGGCUCGCUGUCGCGGCAGGGAGCUUUGGCUGGAGGGAACCCCGAAUCUUUCUCCCGAGAACUCGAGAGCAGUAGCUGUUUGUCGGUAGCCGGGGCACCGGCAUGAAACCGAGCCUUGCAACGUAUUGCAGCGGACCUUCCUUUAAAGCGGCUGGAAGUGCCACGACUGUCAAUUAAAAAUUGUUGGGCAGAAAUACUUUAAACUUUCUAUCAACUGGCUGAUUAAUAUUGCUGGAAAUAGGAAAGAUGGAAGAAGCUUUCAAAACUGGGACUCAAAGCCUUGAUCCAGAUCAAGGCUGUUUCUCUAUGAUGGAUGAAUCCAGUCAACAAGAAGCCCCUUCUCCCAAAUUAUCUAUUACUGAAUUGAGCAAAGAGUUAGAAUCAAAGAGUGAGCUGAUUGAUGACAAAGAAUUUGAUAUUCCUCAAGUUGAUACUCCUCCAACAUUAGAAAGUAUUUUAAAUGAAACUGAUGAUGAAGAAGAGCCAUUUGUUCUUGAGGAUCCUUCUCUUCUGAACAUUGAUAACAUUGAUACUCAUUCAUAUGAUACUUCGUCAGUAGCAAGCUCUGAUAGUGGAGAUAAAUCACACCUAAAAAGAAAGAAGAAACUCCGCGAUUCUUUCUCCAUCCAUGGCUCAGUUAUACGGCUGUCACUUUUGAAGGGUAUUUCUACCCAAAUAGUAUCUGCAGCAGCCAAAGUGGAUGCAGGCUUACCCACUGCAAUUGCAGCAUCAAGUCUUAUAGCAGUAGGAACAUCCCACGGUCUAGCUUUGAUAUUUGAUCCUAACCAGGCUCUUCGGCUUUGCUUGGGCAAUACUGCUGUUGGUGCACAGUAUGGGGCUAUAUCUGCUCUUAGCAUCAACAGUGACUGUUCGAGACUUCUGUGUGGCUUUGCAAAAGGACAGAUUACAAUGUGGGAUCUAGCCAGUGGAAAACUGUUACGAUCAAUAAUAGAUGCACAUCCUCCAGGAACUGCAAUUUUGCACAUUAAGUUUACAGAUGAUCCAACUCUCGCAAUCUGCAAUGACAGUGGUGGUUCAGUAUUUGAAUUGUCAUUCAAGAGAGUCAUGGGUGUGAGAACAUGUGAAUCUCGCUGUUUGUUCAGUGGUUCGAAGGGAGAGGUUUGCUGCAUUGAGCCUUUACAUGCAAAGGCUGAGCUGAGAGACCAUCCUAUCACCCAAUACUCUCUGCUAGCUAUGGCUUCCUUAACAAAGAUUCUUGUGAUUGGAUUGAAGCCAUCUUUGAAAGUGUGGAUGACAUUCCCAUAUGGUCGUAUGGAACCAUCUAGUGUUCCACUGCUUGCCUGGUAUUUUGUUGCUGCCCAAACAUCUGUGAAUCCAGUGCUUGCUUUCUGUCGAGGAGAUGUGGUCCAUUUCCUUCUGGUAAAAAGAGAUGACUCUGGAGCAAUACAUGUUACAAAGCAGAAGCAGCUACACUUGCAUUAUGAUUUAAUCAAUUUUACAUGGAUAAACUCCCAUACAAUUGUGCUUCUAGACAGUGUGGAAAAAUUACAUGUGAUAGACCGUCAUACACAGGAGGAACUUGAGACUGUAGAGAUAUCAGAAGUUCAGCUAGUAUAUAAUAGCAGCCACUUCAAAUCGUUGGCAACAGGAGGCAAUGUUAGCCAAGCACUGGCACUGGUGGGUGAGAAGGCUUGCUACCAGUCAAUCAGCAACUGUGGUGGUCAGAUUUUUUAUUUGGGUACAAAGUCUGUUCAUGUUUUAACACUGAGGACCUGGAGGGAGAGGAUCGAUCACCUUCUGAAACAAGAAUGUCUUAAUGAAGCAUUGGCUUUGUCAUGGUCCUUUCAUGAAGGAAAAGCCAAAGCUGUUGUGGGCUUAUCUGGGGAUGAACAAAAACGGAAGGCUGUUGUUGCAGACAGAAUGGUUGAAAUACUUAUUCAUUGUGCUGAUCGAACCAUGAAGAAAUGUCCCGAGCAGGGUAAAAUCCAAGUUAUGGAGCAACAUUUUCAGACUAUGGUCCCUGUCAUUGUUGACUAUUGUCUCCUGCUUCAGCGAAUAGAUAUAUUAUUUGGUCAAAUGUAUGACAAGAUGAGUGAAAAUUCUGUAGCAAAGGGAGUGUUUUUAGAAUGUCUUGAGCCAUACAUUUUAAGUGAUAAAUUGGUUGGAAUCACAGCUCAGAUUAUGAAGGAUUUGCUACUUCAUUUCCAAGAUAAGAACUUAAUGGCAAACAUGGAAGCCUGCAUUGUACAUAUGGAUAUUACCAGCCUUGAUAUACAACAGGUUGUCCUUAUGUGUUGGGAAAACCACCUGUAUGAUGCCAUGAUAUAUGUCUAUAAUAGUGGAAUGAAUGACUACAUUACUCCAAUGGAGAAAUUGUUCAAAGCCAUUGCUCAUCCACUUAGUGCUGGAAAAUCUCUCUCAGAUGAGCAAGUCAUUAUGGGCAACAAACUGCUUGUCUACAUAAGCUGUUGUUUGGCAGGCCGAGCUUACCCAUUGGGCAAUAUUCCUGAAGACCUGGUACCACUGAUUAAAAACCAAGUCUUUGAAUUCCUCAUCCGUCUGCAUUCAGCUGAGGCCCCUACAGAUGAAGAAGUGUAUCCCUACGUUCGUACACUGUUGCACUUUGAUACACGAGAGUUCCUUAAUGUUCUUGCACUGACAUUUGAAGAUUUUAAGAAUGACAAGCAAGCUGUGGAAUACCAACAGAGAAUUGUGGACAUAUUACUCAAGGUUAUGGUGGAGAACUCUGAUUUUACCCCAUCACAAGUUGGAUGCCUUUUUACUUUCCUUGCUCAACAGCUUGCUAAGCCAAACAACACAUUGUUUGUGAAUAGGAUGCUAUUCGACCAGGUCCUUGAAUUUCUCUGCAGUCCUGAUGAUGAUUCACGACAUUCUGAAAGACAGCAGGUUCUUUUAGAAUUGCUUCAGGCUGGAGGUAUAGUGCAGUUUGAAGAAAACAGACUCAUACAAAUGGCAGAAAAAGCUGAAUUUUACCAAAUCUGUGAAUUUAUGUAUGAACGGGAACAUCGCUAUGAUAGGAUAAUUGAUUGCUACUUGCAUGAUCCCUUGAGAAAGGAAGAAGUUUUCUCCUAUAUCCACAAUAUUCUUUCCAUUCCUGGGUAUAGUACAGAAGAAAAGCAAUCUGUGUGGCAGAAAACUAUGAAACAUAUUGAGGAGCUGACAUCAGUGAGUCCUUUUAAAACAGCAGAUCUUAUUUCUAUUCAUUUCAGUGACGAGAUUGAACAAAUAAUUCAGAUUCUACAGGAUGAACAUUUGCUUUUCCAAUUUUUGAAGAGUCUCCUUGAUCCAAGGGAAGGUAUCAAUCAAGAUUUGCUUCAGCUUUCUCCCUCUAUUACCGAACAGUUUAUUGAUUUGCUGUGUCGGUAUGAUUCUGACCAGGUCUUAGAAACUUUGAAGUUCCUGGAGUCCUAUAGACUGGAAGAGACAAUUCAGGUCACCCAAAAAUAUCAGCUCCAUGAGGCUUCUUCUUACUUGCUUGAAAAGAAAGAUGACAUUCCUGGUGCCUUCUUAAUUAUGCUUGAGUGGUUACAAAGCAAGCUUUCAACACUGACUUCUGGAGAUAAAAUGCAACUUCCUUUACUAAAAGAUAUUGAAGGUACCUUAGCAAAAACAAUUGCACUUUGCCAGAGGAAUUCACACAAAUUUAAUCAGCAGGAGCGAGAAGCACUGUGGUUUCCGCUCCUAGAGGCAAUGUUGUCACCCCAAAGAUCUGCAUUGCUACCCCGUUACUCUGAAUAUUUGAAGAACUUGACAAUGCAAGUAUUGAACAAUAUGACAACAUUCAUUGCUCUGCCAUUAAUUUUGCAGAGAAUCCUACAGGAUCCAGUAUAUGGAAGAGGAAAACUUGGAGAAAUUCAGAGUCUUGUGCUGGGUAUGCUAGACAGCUUUAACUAUGAGCAGACUCUUUUGGAGACAACAACAAGCUUACUUAACCGCGAUCUCCACUGGUCUUUACGUAAUUUGAAAGCAUCUAUGACUAGAGGGCUCAAUCCCAAACAAGAUUAUUGCUGUAUUUGUUUGCAACAGUACAAGAGAAGGCAACAGACUGGUGACCAGAUUGUAGUCUUCAGUUGUGGCCAUUUGUACCAUUCCCUUUGUCUGCUAAGUAAAGAGUGUGGCACUGAAACAACAGGACAGAUGAGGUGGACUUGCUUUAAAUGCAGUGCAAGUCAUAAAGGAGAGAAAAUAAGUUUGACUUCCUUGGAGAUGAAGAAAAGAACUCCGGUAUCACUUGCUCAGGCUAGUUCAGAAUGUCUGUUGGAUCCUCAGCAAGCUCAAGCUUUUGACCAGCUCUGUCGUCUAUAUCGUGGAACAUCAAGGUUGGCACUUUUGACUGAAUUGUCUCGAGAUCAUGGUGGUGAAAAACAUGGUUUUGUCCAAGUCUGCCAGAGGGAUUCUGCCCUGAAUAGUGUCUUCCAAAAUGAGACUUUUCAGCUUCACCUCAAUCCUCCUCCUCUUCUAGAAGACUAAUCCUUGAGUAUCAAGCAUUGUGAAAAAAUACUUCCAGUGUUUGCUGUGGAUCCAAAGUAAAAGGUAGCAGUAUGUAUCUUAUAAAUAACAAUGCAAUCUUUGUGAGAACUGCCUGUUUUGAUCCUUAACAAAACAGAACAUCAGUGUCAAGCAUUCUAGUCCUCAUGUCCAGUGGAUUUUGCUGAAAGCUAUAAACUGCUCUCUGAAGCCUAUACUUUUUUCAUUUAAAUUCAGAGUGAAGAAUGGAACUUUACAUUUGUUAUUGGUUAUAAAAGCUACAAUGCAAGACAGAACUGGCAGAACGUUUAUGAGAUAGCUUUCUCUAAUGUAUUUCCUCUGCUCUCGGUUGCUUCUGAAAAUCUAUUAGCUCCUCCAGCUGCAGCUCAAGAAAUGUUGCUGUGACAGAUGCUAUUCCUUGGAAAUUUAACAUACUAACAUCAUAAAUGAGAAAAUCUGUUAAUGAAGCACAUUAGAAUAUACCACUCAGCCAACUAGAUAUUUGAUGUCAGUUUGUGUAUCUUCUGAGUGCUUUCAUGAGUGCCAGCUUUUCCACGGAGAGCUUACAGUUUCCAGUGUACCAAAAGAAACCAGCACAUUACUCAUUUAUGAUGGCUGCUCUCUUGCUGCCAAGUUGCAUGGAAAAGAUACCUUCUUCCAUUAUAUAUUGCCAGCUUCCUGAACCUUAGCCAUUUAUCUUUAUGAAUUCACUAAAGGAUUACAAUGUUGCUUUUUUCCUCCUUAUCUUUGCCACACACAAAAAAUGAACAAUCUGGUACAGGAAUAUAUUUUUGAAAAUGAAUGUUUCUGAUUCCUGUAAAUGAUAUUUAAUAACCUUUUGUCUUUCCAUUACUUACCAUUUGACAAUUUUACUUUAUUUGUUCAAGAGAUUUCCAGUUUCCAUAUGUGUAGACAGGAGCAAGUAUAAAUUAAAAGAUAUAUAAAAACCAGAAUUAUUUGCAAAUUUAUACUAGACUAUUUCAUGGCUGAAUUUACUAUUUUUUCUUCAUUUAUCAUUUUGUCAGAAAGUUGUUACCUCAGAUUUGUACAUAUUUUUCUAUAAGUGACCAAAAGUCUUAUAUCUGUUACUAUCCACUUCCAUAUUACCGGUCUUCUACAGUUAGAGGCUAUCAAAAAUUAUGAAUUUAUGUACUAAUUACUGCCAAUACAGGUAGUCCUUGAGUUAGGAGCACAACUGUGCCCAAAAUUUAUGUUGCUAAGUGAAACAUUUGUUAAACAAGCUUGCCCCAUUUUACGGCUUUUCUUGCCACAGUUGUUAAGUGAAUCAUUGCAGUUGUUAAGUUAGUAACAUGGUUGUUAAGUGAAUCUGGAUUCCCCAUUGACUUUGCUUGUCAGAAGGUCACAAAAAUGGGAUCACAUGACUCAGGGACACUGCAAUCGUCAUAAGCAUGAAUCACUUGCCAAGCACCUGAAUUUUGCUUAUUUGACUGUGGGGAUGCUGCAAUGGUUUUAAGUGUGAAAAACUGUCAUAACUCACUUUUUUCAGUACCAUUGUAACUUUGAAUGGUCAUUAAAGGAACUGUUGUAAAUCAAGGAUUACCUGUAUUCCUGCUAAAAGAAUUAUCUGGUCUACAGCUUUUUACAUAAAAGGACGAACAAUGGGUUAAGAAACAUUGCAAAGUUAUUUGUACUCCCAGUAUUCUAAGGAAAUACAUUUUUAAUAUCCAGAUAUAAAAAUACUAAUGAUUUUAGAAUUAUUAGAAUGAGUGUAUUCCUAUUUCUUAGUCUUUUUUUAUUUGGUUUAUGUAGACAAUGUUGUAUGAACUGUUUACCAUAAAUAUAGUUGCCUUCUUCAGUAACUGCGCGUAUUCACGUUGUUACUGAAAUAGGCAAAAAUUACCUACUAAUCAAGAAUUCCUUGAUCGCUGGGUGGAUGAAAUAACCCACAGAGGAAUGCAUUGAUCAAGCUAUAUAAUUCAGAAGUUACCUAGGCUUUGCAAUGCUUUGUAAUCAGUUUAAGAGAGAUAAAUCAGAAUACAGAAAGUCCUUGACUUACAACCAUUCAUUUAGCGACCAUUUGAAAUUACAGUGGCACUGAAAAAAAUGACCUGCAACUGAUCUUUGCACUUACAACUGUUGCAGCAUCACCACAGUCAAGUGAUCAAAAUUUGGGUGCUUGGCAACGGACAUGUAUUUACAAUGGUUGCAGAGCCCUGGGGUCAUUGAUUGCCAUUUGCAACUUUCCCAGCAAAGCUUCCAACAAGAAGGUCAAUAGAAAAAACCAAGUUCACUUAAUGAUCAUGAUUCAUUUAACUGCAGUGAUUUGUUUAAUAACCAUGGCAAAGAGAGGUGGCUGCUUUACUUUACAUAUUUAUUUAUAUAAAAGAAAGAAAGGUAUCUGAAGACACUUAAAACCUGUUACUUUUUCAUUUUCAGAUGAAUAAAUGGUCAAAAUUUUCAUUAGUUGCUAUUUUAAUGAAAAAAAAUCCUGUCAAAUCUAUGUUUUGAACAUUGUUUUUAUUUUAUUUACAAUCAGAAACCAAAAAGAACAGAACAUAAUACUGGAGUUAUCAACCAAUAAAAGAAAAAGUAUGAUAAGCCAAACACAAAAUAUUGUUUAAAAAAUUCUGCUUGCUGUAUUUUACAAAGCAUAAUCGGAGCUAGAAAAGUUCUAAAAAAGAUCAAUCAGGAGUAUGAACAGUUCUUCAGAUGAAAGAAAUGAAUGCUGGAGUUUUGAUAAAUAAUGUAUAGUUUGGAAAAGAUUUUUCCCCCUUUUCCACUAAACAUUCUUAAUGAGUAGAAUGAUAAAAUAUUCAGAAGACACAAAAGGAAACCCUUAAUCAUAUAGUUUAAUUAUGGAAUUUGAUGCCACGAGAUAUGGUGAUGGCUAUUAAAGUAGAUGAUUAGUUAUAAUAAUUAACAGAAUAGAGUUAGCAGUGCUUCUUGAUGGGCAUAUGUUGUCUCUGAGAUCAGAAACAGUAUAUUUCUAAUAUUUAAGUUGGUGAGAAACAACAGAGAGAAUUAAUAUGUUCAUGUUCUGCCUUUAGGCUUCCCAAGAAGUUUCUACACAAUAUUUAUAUUAAACAAAAGUUUGAGAUCCAACAGUAGAAAAUAGUUGUGAAUAUAUUAAUAUAUUACUAGUUCCUUUUAUUUUAUAUGUACCUCUCACAAUGGGAUGAGGAUCUCUAUCUACAAUUCACGCUGAUCUUCCAUACAAUAAGCUUUGAGGCCAUUUGCAGUUUCAGUUCUAUGCUAUGUACUAGUGUAUACUAUUCUACAUCAUACUGAAACAUUGUAAUAAUUUUGAUUUUAUACGAAGAAUCAUCUGAGUUCUACAUCGAAGAUCUGAUUCAGAAAUUGUGUUGCCAUUUAAUGUUUGUAGCCCAAGCAGUUUCUUACAUUUUGUCUUGCUAUUCUCUAAAAUAGUUUUUUAAAUAGGUUAAGGGCUUUGUUUAAUAUCCCUAAAAAAUCAAAUUCUUGCAAAGCAUUAAUGAAAAAGAGAUUCAUUCAGUUUUACAUCUCCACAGCGCCCAGAUUUGAUUAGAAUUGGGCAGUAUACAAAUUCUCUUUGGUGAAUAAAAAACAGGAAUAUAUUUCAAGGCAAAUAUUAAUAUUAAUCUUAUUUAUUUAAAGUGAAGAUUCAGUGAAGGAACUCAUCUGUCUUGUUUCACUUUAAAUAAUGUGAAUAGUGGAAACAAAAGAUUCCACUCUCAAGCUUCUCAGGGUCUUUAUUAAUUACGGUUUUCGAAUAGUGACUUUCCAUAUUUGGCAAGUAAAUUAAAACAUCUGAUAUAUUGAAACUUCUAUAAAAGUUGAACAUUGAAAGAUUUUAUAAAAAUAAAUAUUGGUAGCAAUAGAAGGAUAUUAAUCUACAACUAUUAUCCUUUGGGAUUGUAGCAAAGAAAUAUUUAACCUUUCUUAAAGCAUUUAGGCCUUGUUUUGGCCAUGUAAGUGAAUUUUGAUUAUAUAGGAAAAGUGAAGUUUGUAGUGUUAUCUAUUUAUGAUUAUAAGAAGCUUCAAGUAAAAUCAACUUUAUGCCAUUAUUCAUCCAAUUGCAAGAGGUCAGAUAGAUAAUCUGUUUUAUUCUGUGUAACAUUAUCCUUCUGAAUUGCUAUAGUAUAUAUAAAGUUGAUGAAAGUUCUGGCAAAUAUUGCUAGAACAUAUAAAUGUUUCUAAAAUUGUCGUUAAAACCUUCCAGAUGAUUCUGCUCAAAUAUAUAUGGUUUUUGUAUAUGAUUUUUAAAUUUAUUAUCUAGACACUAAGUGCAGAGAGAGCAGAAAUCUUUUUGCACUUUGUUCAUCUAUAUUGGAAGUAAAUAAUAAUUGGCAGAAGUACAAAAUGUCUGGGUAGAUAUUAGAGGAAAGGCAAAGUAGUUCUAGAGUUUCCUGCAUGAGAACUCAGAUAAUUACUAAUGAAGUUUUUUUCCUUUCAAAAAGUUUAGAAUGAUUUUAUAGAAUGUGGUAUUAAUGAAACAGAGUGGUAACUGGACCUGUUACGCAACUCUUGUUUCUCAAGUGAUGGUUGCUAUGCUAUGUCCAAUUCAACUUACUUUACAUGUCCAUGUACAUUCACGUAUGAUGAAAGAUAACGUCAAACACACCAUUUCACAUUAAGACAUGAACAUUUGUAGUGCCACAAAACUGUGGAAAAGAAAUCCACUUUACUCUAUGGUUGUGCAAAAACAAUCUUCACAUUUAUUAUUUUGUGAGAAGUUUACAUGAAACAAUGAUGUGCUCUUGAGAGUAGUUUGAGACACAAUAUUUACGUGCUGAAUCAGCCAACCAAAUCCUGCAUGGCUUCUACUGAGGAAAUCUCCAGAGAAGCCAAGAACAAGACAACUUUGACUGUUGUGCUUAAGAUUUUGAAACAGAGUGAUUUUAAGAGAGUAAUAUUGUAUGCAGCUAUUGCUCAUUAAUAGUCUGAUCAAGAAUGCCUCAUGUAGGUAAGUCUAUAUUGAUUUUCUCCAGCUCCCAUUUCUCAGUUCAGAAUACAUUCAUCUAAUCUUAGCCUGAUUAGAUUGUUGUGCCUUCUGCCCUGCAAAAAAGUAGCAUUAUCACAAUUCUUCAGUAUAAUAAACAAAACUAAAGGGUUCCCUCAAAACCUGCCAUGUUUCUGCUCUCAAAUGUAAUUUCCAAUUCCUCUGUAGUCCUCUCUGGGAUUCCCAAAAUUCCCAGUUCUUAUUUUUUUUUUAAAAAAAUGAGAUAAUCAGUCACAAACUUAACACAGCCAGACAAACUGUAUUUUAAAUCUCCAGUUCCAAAUAAUUUGAGUAUAUAAUCAUAUUUUAUGCAGUUUCUUCUAUAAAAUCCAUAAGAAUUCUUAACAUCACCUGAGAAAAUCUUUAAGAAUCCUAAGAUAACACUUCUAUAGUGAAACAGUGUUCUCUUUAAAAAUUAGAAGAAUGCUGUAAUUUUUCAGAACUACUAAGAAAGGAUUUUAUCUCUUAUGAUAGCUAAAGCUGUGCUGCUUCUUUCUUUUUUGGGAAAUGGGGUCAAGAAAUGCAUUUUAGUAUCACUUAUCAGAAUAAAUUGUUUUACUUCUAAAGGUAAUAUUUGUAUAUUUUAAAGUACAUAUUAAUUUUAUAGUCAUUCAUAAUACACUGCAAUCUAAAUAUUUUCUAAAAGUGCCUAUGUCUGAGUGUAUGUAUAAAAGUUAGUUAUUAGUUAUGUGUCAAGAUUGUAUAUAAAGAGCAGCAUUCAACAACACAGCAUAAGAUAAUCUAAUACUGAGAGUUACAACUGUACAUAUUUAUAUGUUACCAUUCUUAGCUAAACUUAAUGGAAAGUGAGUUAACUAAACCAUUAUAAAUCAGGGCUAUAUUUAUUAAUAGAUGCCCUAGUGUUACAAGAAAAAAAAAUCAGUUAUGUACCACAAGGGCGAAUGCAAAAAGGUUAGGAGGUAACACAUUUUCAUCCACUGGUACAUGACUAUUUAAGUGUAUUUGAAAUUCUUACUUUAAAAUAUUGGGGAAAAUGCACAUUUACAGCUCAAAGGGCGAUAAUCCUUAAACUGAUUAGCAGGGCUCUUCUUCUGACAGGAUAACCAUAUUGUGUAAACUUAAAAUGGAGGCACAAAUACAUCAGGGGUAUAAAGAUCUCUUUCCACUAUACACUUUUCACUGUUUUAUACUGAAUAACAUAAACAAUGAUUAAGCAAAGCUAGAAGAAAAUAAUUGGCGGCUUUUUUUUUUUUCAGAUUGUUUCUUUAAAUCAAAAUACUGCAUGUCAGAGGCUAAAACUACCAUGACACCUUCUUUUCAUCUAGCUACACUCAAACCUACUGUGCACAAGUGGAUAAUUUAAACAGAUAAUAGAGCCGGUACUAAAUGUAAAUCCCAAGUCACCAAAUGUACAGAUUAAUAAAUGGAACUAUUAAAUUCUAUUGCCCUAGUUCUAUACUGAAA